AUGUUUCGAAGAGAGCUUGGAAUUUGGAAGAGGUUGCGGCAUUCUAAUAUUUUGAAACUCAUGGGCGCAACUUCGGACUUUGGUCCAUCUGUAGCUUUGGUUGCUCCGUGGAUAAAUAAUGGCACUCUGACGUCGUUUCUCCACAGGAAUAAUCAGACCCUUAAGUUGCGUGAUCGUCUGCUUUUGUUGCACAGUCGAGUUUAUUAUGUCGUGCGCAAGCUUCGCGACAUUGUCGCUGGACUCCACUAUCUUCAUACGUUUAGCUUGACUGAAGACGGACAAACGGACUUGAACCCCGUCGUUCAUGGAGACCUCACUGGUGUAACAUCUAUUAUUUAUUCUAUCCCUUAUAUACUAAUGAUCAGUUACAAGUCCAACGUCCUAAUCGAUGGUGAUAGAAAAGCAUAUCUUGCAGAUUUUGGCCUUUCUGGAACGUUUGAGAAGUUGCCCGGCAUGACGUACCUCGUGAAGAUGAGCUGUCAUCCAGGAGCAGUGAGAUGGGCAGCUCCUGAGCUUCUUUCCGGGGAAUCCGAUUCUGCAGCCACCACUCAAAGCGACAUGUACUCCUUUGGUAACAUCAUGCUUCAAGUUUUGACGGGAAAUGUGCCCUGGUGUCACUUGACCCGUGACUUCUCGAUCAUGUACCAAGUGGUUAUUGAGAAGAAAAUGCAUCCCCGUCCAGGCGAUGUUUAUGUCACUAACCGGCACUGGAAUUUCAUGACCCGUUGCUGGUCUACGACAUCUUCUGAUCGGCCUCCUGUCGGGGAAGCAGUUCAAUUUGUUGAUAGCGCUUUGCACCCGAGCACGAGCCCCCAGAGCCCUACGUUGUCGAUCUCCAGCAACAAGCAAAACUCGAGUACGGGCCCCCAGAGCCCCACGUUGUCGAUCCCCAGCGACAAGCGACACCCGAGUACGAGCCCCCGGAUCCCGACGCUGUCGAUCUCCGGCGACGAGCGACACUCGGGUAUAGCCCGUAAUGAUUAUCUUCGAGGGGACACUGAUGCUCGACUUCCGGUGAUGCAGGCCAUUGAUUCACCAUUGGACGCUAGGGAAAAUCAUUCUGGGAGUGUGCUGCCUGUGUAUCCUUCCACUGCUUAUACGACUAGCUUGGAACCAUCAUGUAAGACCCCGUAUCGUUAUCAAGUAAAUUAG